UCUCGUUUGUUUGGCUGACUGACAGAUGGCUGACUGACGCUUCUAUAUUAAUUUUCUGUUUGUGUUGUCUAGCUGUUGAGCACGGCUACGGACAUUAAUUUUAUUUAUAGUACCUCCGUUUUAUUGUAAAUGUUGUUCGAUUCCAUAUAAUAUGAUUGUGUUGCUAUUUCAUAGAUUCCUUUUGAGGCUUUAAUUUUAAAUAACACCUAUGUGUGUUUAGAGUUUUUUUAUGACGAGUGAUUAUUCUAUUCAUUCCUUUGCUUUGCCUUUUUGACGGUGGGGAUAAUUUUUCAUUUUCGUAAAAGAGAUUAAGUAUAGAAUGUUUUUAUAGUGUUAUUGGCUAAAUAAAUUUGUGCUCGAUGUUGAUCAAUAAUAUGAAUCCUGUUUCCCUGACACAAAGGAAUACGCUAGUUUUCUUGGACAUUUCUAUCGAUGGCGAACAAGCUGGACGUAUUGUAAUAAAAUUGAGAAAUGAUGUAGUGCCAAAAACUGCGGAGAAUUUCCGCGCUCUUUGUACAGGCGAAAAGGGAGCUGGGGUUAAUGGAAAACCUCUUCAUUUUAAAGGCUCAAAGUUUCAUAAAGCUGUUACUCAGUUUAUGAUACAAGGAGGUGAUAUUACUAACGGAGAUGGUACCGGCGGUGAAAGUAUAUAUGGGCCUACAUUUGAAGACGAAAAUUUUAAAUUAAAGCAUGACACGGGGGUGCUUAGUAUGGCGAAUAGCGGUCGGCCCAAUACCAAUGGUUCUCAGUUCUGCAUCACAACGGUGCCGUGUCCACAUUUGGAUGGCACCAACGUCGUGUUCGGUGAAGUAAUGGCUGGUCUCGGCAUUGUGAGAGAAAUCCAACGGUACGGCGACGGAGACCUUUGCCGCCCCACGGUGGACUGUGUGAUUGAAGAAUGUGGCGAGAUUAUAACUAAUGAGUGGGAUGUAAGCUGUUGCGAUGGUACCGGGGACAAGUUGCCCGAGUACCCUGAAGAUUACAGGGAUGAAAACGUUACUGUAGAGCAAUUAAUGGUGUCUAUAAGAGAUGUGAAGAGCGCCGGUAACAGUUACUUUGGCGAAGCACGUUAUAAGGCAGCUGUUAGGAAAUACCGCAAGUGCCUAAGGUAUUUGGAACACGCGUUUUAUAGGAUAGAUGAAGUCAAAGAUGUGGAUACAAAGGAACAAAUUCUAGAAAUACGAACAAUGUACGUGUCGCAGUGCUAUCUCAACAUGGCGGCUUGUUACAUGAAGUUAGAGGAUUAUAGGUCAACAGUUCAGUACAGUACUUCGGUACUUGAAAUAGACCCGAGAAAUGAAAAAGCGUUAUACAGACGCGGUCAAGCGAAUUACGCUCUUAAAAACUACGACGACGCUCUCAUGGACCUCAGACUAGCAGAUAAAGUGUCCCCAAAUAACAAGGCUGUGCAAAAACUAUUAGAUGAAGUAAGAUUGACAAAUAAAAGUUACAAUGAUGUACAAAAACAACGGCUUUCAAAAUUUUUUCGUGAGCAAAAAGAGGCGUUUAUCGAGAUCACAUGUGAGAUCGCCGAUCACUGAACUAAGACUGACGGUAGUUAUACGUAGGCUUAUGUAGACAAUACGCUUUUUGAGGUCGUUUUGUACGGUCACUGCCGGUGUUGUCAGAUGUACUGAUUAUAACAUGAUUUUCGAUUAGUUUUUGUAUAUAUUGAUUCCUUUGAUAUUACUGGAUCACAGCUAAUUUAAGUCGAAAUUCAAAUGAAUUGGUACAGAUAUUUUGUUUAUGAUUUAUUGGUGGGGUUGUGCGUAAUUGUAUUUAAUAAUCGGGCAGCAUCGGGUGUGGCCGAAUGGCUUAGGGUUAGAAUGUUUCGCGAAGGUACUAAACUAAGUGAUGGCACAAGGAAUUUUGUAAGGAAUAUGAAGUUGUAGGUAAGUAACUUAGUACAUUAUUCCAUUUAUGUUUUCACUUAUGUUUUUUACUUAUGACUUAUGACCAUUUUCAGUUUGAGACUGACCGUUAAAGACGAAAGCCUAACUUGCGUAAUAUUUAAAUCAAAAUUUUUAUUUUUAACCAAUAAAUUUCUGCGUUUCGAAUUCGAAUAAUGUGUAUGUUGAAUCAUAUACGUAAUUUAUUCUCUGAGGUAAAAUGCCAUAAUAUUUUUAAGUGAAUGUGCUGGACACCCACUAAAGUUCAAAGGUAAUAUUUUUAAAAGAUCAUAAUUAUAUUUGACCUAGUAGUUGUCACUAUACAAACGUAACAAAACAUAUUAUGGUAAAAUGAGCAUAUAUGAUGGAGUUCAGCACAAAAUAUAAUCCGGUGUAUCGAACUCGAUUCUACGAAAUAUUCUAUAAUCUACGACGAUAGAUACGAGCUACAAUAUGUACAAUAUAUAUUGUGAUGCAAUAUUUUGCACAAAUUACGUUAAAUGUUACCUUGUGUUCUUUGAAAGGACAGAGGGUUUAGUAUAACGAGAUCGAACUGAGACCGUGUUCAGCGCUCUGAUUGGCCGGCUACAAUAAACCAACCAAUGAGAGCGCCGAACGGAGUGACGUUCCUGUACGUUCUGAGGGUCUAGUGCGUUUUUUUUUGCGUUAAUGUGAUAGACAUGUUUAUGACGUUCGGCGCUAACGCCAACAAAAUCCUCUAACUUCGCGUUCGACGUUCGAUUGGCCGGCUCCAAUGAUCCAACCAAUCAGAGCACAGAUCUAAACUAAAGCCCUUUGGACUCAUAAAUAUACCUAGUUGUACAAAUAUUUAGAACUAGCUUUUACCCGCAGCUUCGCUCGCGUCACAAAUGGAUAAAAAAUAGCUAAUGCGACAUAUAUAUAC